AUGCCUCCUCCACGGAUAACCAAGCCCAUCUACUUCGGUCCCUUCCUCGUAACCCCACAAGUCUUCCACUCGACCCCCCACACCUUCGCCCUCGUAAACCUCAAGCCCAUCCUCCCCGGCCACGUCCUCAUCUCGCCGCACCGCCGCGUCCCCCGCCUGCGCGACCUCACGCCCACCGAGAUCUCCGACCUCUUCCUGACCGUGCAGCGCGUUAGCCGCAUGAUCGAGCGCGUUUUCAACGCGACGGCGCUGAACAUCGCGAUUCAGGAUGGCGCGGAUGCUGGGCAGAGCGUGCCGCAUUUACAUGCGCAUGUGAUACCCCGGAGGGAGGGGGAUUUGGAGGGCGGUGGGGAUGCGGUAUACGACCUGAUAGAGGGCGAGGAGGGGGAUGUGGGGGCGCAUUUGGAGGAGAGGGAGAGGGAGAGGGGAGGGGAGCAGAGGGAUGGUGGGGUGAAUGGAAGGAGGAGGGGUCGGUUUCCGGCUGUGGAUGCGGAUGAGGCGAGGAAGCCGAGGAGUGAAGAGGAGAUGAGGAAGGAGGCGGAGUGGUUCGCGGAGGAGAUGGAGGAGGUCGUCUGA